AAUACAUUUGUAAACAAAAGGAUCGUAAUCCUUUUUUUAUUUUCCUCAUAAAAGAUUUAAACAGUUCAAGAGCUCAAAUCAUGUGCUACAUCAGCUACCUACCCGACGGCAUUUCGCAAUAUGUUUUUCAAGAGCUCAAAGCAGGCGCUACAUCAGCUCGAACCUACCUACCCUGCGCCUUUGCGCAAAUGAUUAUGUUAUAAUAACAAAUGCCCACAUACAGAUUUGGCAAUGGCAAUAGCAAUAGAUUUGACAGUAAGUAAGACAUAGAUUUUAUCCUGUCGAGACGGAGCGUAAUGCAAGGCAUACACACAUCAAUUAUUGUAUCAACUUCAACGAAUUGAACAACUGAUUGCUACGUAUAUGGGGCAGUUGUAUGAGGUUGGAUGAAAAUCAAAAUUUUUUGAUAUUUUGUGAAGUUUGUUGUGUUGGUUGAAUAGUGUUUGGGUUGGUUGUGCGAUUUCAAACGAUUUCGCCAUUUUAUUUCGGCUGUCAAAGAGAGCGCGUCUACGGAGCAAAAAAAAAAAAAUAAAAAUGAGUGAAAGCGAUCGACAAAUCCGCGAUUUUAUCGAAGUGUACAAAACCAUGCCGGAGUUAUGGAAUAGCAAACUGGACUGCUACAAAAAUAAAAAUGUACGACGUAGGAGUUAUCAGAAACUUCUGAUAGAAUUUAAAAAAAUAAAAAACGAUGCGUCAAUAGACGAUAUGAAAAAAAAACUGACAAAUAUGCGUACCUGAUAUCGCCGGGAACUGAAAAAAACUUUGCAAAGUGAAACAUCUGGUGCAGGAGCUGAGGAUAUAUACAUUUCACCUCUAUGGUAUUUCGAGGAGCUCGACUUUUUGCGGAACCUGGAAAUACCUGUGCCUGGUGUAACAUCCAUCAGUUCGGAUGAAGAGGAAGAAGCGUCCGUUCGCGUGCAAUCGGUGAAGAAAUUUAAAAAAGUGGCUACGGAAAGAACGGAGAUUUUAAAGAAAGCAACCGAGCAUUUUGAGACAUCCAAAAAACAAAUGGAUGAAACAGAAAUUUAUGCAAUUGCAUGGGCUUGCAUGUACAGGCAAAUGAAACCAGAGCAGCAACUUUUUGCAAAGCAAGCAGUAAACGAAGUGAUGCUGUUGGGCCGAUUUGGAAAAUUAUGUUUCAAUUAUCUGCACAGUCCUUCAAGCUCACCAAAUUUAAGUAGUCUGCAUGUAUCACGAACCAGCUCGCCUUUUGUAAGUAAUGACUCGCCACUUUAUAUCUCGACAUCUUCUGUAAGUCCAACUGAAUCAACAUCACACUCGGCACAUUUUACUUCUUUGCCAACUGGAAGCCCCAUACAAGCAACAUCACAAUCGCAACGUUUUACUUCUGUGCCCAUACAAGCAAAACCACAUUCGCCACGUUUUAUUUCUGUGCCCACUGGAAGCCCCAUCCAAGUAACAUCACAAUCGCAACGUUUUACUUCAGUGCCCAUACAAGCAAAACUACAUUCGCCACGUUUUAUUUCUGUGCCCACUGGAAGCCCCAUCCAAGCAACAUCACAUUCGCAACGUUUUAUUUCUGUGCCCAUACAAGCAAAACCACAUUCGCCACGUUUUAUUUCUGUGCCAACUGGAAGCCCCAUACAAGCAACAUCACAAACAAUUGAAAUAACUCCAGAAUUACACUUUUCGGAUGAAAACGAAAGUCAAUACACGAAUGUUCUUGAUUUGUUUAACGACUCGCAGUAUCAGUGAAAUAAAAGAUAUUAAGAUAGAGUACAUAUAUUUUAUUUUAUUUUUCUCAUUUUUUGUUUAAAUUAUUUUUUUUACUUCAUUUUUUAUGUAUUAGUUAUAAGAGUAUGAAUAUAAGUUUUAUUUAAAGAACACAAAUAAUUUAAUUUUAUAUGUAAA